AAUGCAAAGUUUAGCUCAGGAUAGGAAGGAGUGGAGGUGUGUGUCCAACCAGUCUUAGGACUGACGACUUGAUAAUGAGAACUCGAAAAAUCGUUUCUUAAAUAUUGACUCCGGCCGUGAUAGCCCGAGUUAUAUCAUAAUUUUCUUCGAAAAUUCAACAAAUACCAGGAAACUUAGAAAACUUCAUGGUGACCGAUUUUAUUGAAUUGGUCACAGUAAAAGUAUCGUGCAAUUUUCUUUUCGGAAAUAGCAGAUUUCUUCAACUGGAACUAAAACUGACACUAUCUACUAUUUUCUAUCAGAAAACAAUGGGUACUCUACAAAAAUUAUGCGGUUAUCAACUACCAUUGUGUAAUAAAUUAAAAUAAAUGACGAAAAAAAUUAAAAUUCUUAAUGAACAAUUCCAUUCAAAGAAUUCGUUAUGUAGGAAUGACCUUGUGCCCAUACACGAACCUAUUCUAUAAAAUAAUUUAUUAUGUUACUUUAUCGCACUCUAUAUAUGUAAUAAAUUAAGUAAUUUUCACAUUGACCCAAAACGAAAAAUGGCGUUGAAUAUUGAUUAAAAAAUAGCAGUUUUAUUAAAAAGUACAUUUACAUAUUCAUAAAUUUUUCGUCGAGGAUUUGUCGAACUUUAGAAAUAUUUUCGUCGUUUCGCGUGAAAAGAUCGGUACCAAUACACUUUCGCUUUCUGGAAGUGUAAUUUUUAAGGCUUCAGUGACUGAAUACAAGCACAAGCCGUCAAAUCCAACCAGCGGCAACAUUGACCUGAAAACGUGGUUGGCAAUCAAAAUUAAAGGUGUUUCGCAUGACAUAAUACCACUCUGCAAGUGAAACCCAAAGUUAUCUCAUCAUAAGUUGGAUUUUCCAAAGAAAUUGUAUCAAAAACCAUUCCCAACCGCCUCGACACGAAAAUGAAAUGUUCAUAUCACAAUUUAAUAAAUUCAUUCAACUGUACAGGGCGUUCGUAAAAUAAUGUUUCAAAAAGUACACCAUCUAAAUCUUGGCGAAUUUCUAAGACAUCUUUUCCUUUACGAAUUUUUAAUCAGACGUGUAGUUUUUGAGUUAUUAACGAGUAAAGAUUGAAGCAAUUGGCCAAUCAGAUUGCGACUUCUUAGCUGCAAGUAGAAGAAUACAGACAGCUCCGCCCACAUCCGCUUGCAGAAACCAAUACGUCCAUUGAUUGGCUCAUGACUUUAAUCGUUUAUUACUCCAUAACUAUACGUCGGAUCGAAAAACUGUAAAGGAAUAUUUUCCUUACAAUCCAACAAAGAAUCUAAUAAUCAACGAAUAAAUCCUCUAAAUUCUGUAAAUAUAUAUUCAUACUUUGAAUUGUCUACUAACAACAUGUAUUGUACUGAAUAAGUAGAGAAAUAUCAAGCUCUGUACACAUGAACAUUACAUUUUAUGAAUAAGAUGUCCUUCUCAUUAUCAUACAAAUGGUUUCUUAAAACCCUCCUUGGAGGAAUGAUGCAGAACUCAGAAAUAAUAUAGGACAAGUUUACUCAACCAGUAUUAUUAUCAUGAGGUAAUUCGGAGAAACCCCAGCGCCGGUGAAUAUAAAUUAUAGUAGAAUAAAGCUACAGCACGUACGUGUUAAAAUAAUAUAAUUAAUGUACUUAUUCAUACAGAAGCCUUUACAUUUGAGUAAGGGCACUGUCGGAAAAGACGUUAGAAAACAAUAAUUAACACUUAUUUUAUGCGGUAGGUGUAUUUUGAAUUGUAACCUUACCUAAUGGCUUAAAUUAGAUCGAUUGGGUCAUUUUGAAAUUGUACACCCUUGUAGAAGUUUAAUUGAAUUUCGAAGUAAUUCGUUUAGGGCCGUGUUGCUCCAGCAGCAUCCCAAGGAGCCCUUUAAAAUUCUACGGGCGACCGUCCUAUCGACCUUUUAUUGGCAAAUUAGAAGUAAUUCGGUAAAUUUCAUGUACUAACCAUUCUUUACCGACAUCAUUCUUGUUUCUGCGGACGUUUGAAAUUUACAACCUCCGCCACAAUUCACGUUGAACCAUGCACGUACAUGCAUACAUAGUACAAUAACAAUGACAUUAUCGAUAAAUACCAUAACACAGGCCUACAUACUACAUGUAUGGAGACAGUUUGUUACACCGCGUUUGCUGUUUGGAAAGGUGAAAUUUGGUUCUCGAUGCGAUUUGACCAACCAAUUGGUAGGACUGUUAUAUAACAAUCUUGCAAAGAAACUCGACUGUUAUUGAAAUUCGCUGGCCAGUAGCUAUACGACGACCAUCUUGUGAAGUGAGUUAUGGAUUUACGAAUUUUAUUCAGUGCGAUUUUGAUCUCACAAAUUUGCAACAGUGACGAAGAAUGGAGAUGGAAAAAUAACGAAAGAAGAGCCCAAGCUCGUUAUGACGUCGUAGAAGAAACAGAAGAGAGCCUACAGGGCCCAAGUUUCAGGCCGCCCCCCAACAACUAUUACCCAGUAAGCCAAAGACCGAUUCAACAAGGGUUAGGAGAUUUCGGGAUAAACGUCCAAAGACCUGGACAAGGCCACCCGGGAAUUCUAACGGGUCCGAUACCUUCAUGGGAACGACAACCUCGAUUAGAAAAGUUCGAUCGCUGUAAAUGCGCCGAAUCCUUCAAUUGCAACACCCCAGGGAUUUCCUAUGGUCAGUGUGACACAGGGAAGCAAUACUGUUGCUACAGGAGCAAAAGUAGCAGGGUGAUUGAUGAACCGAUCCCUAGCAGGCCUAUCCAUUCUUUGGCAAAUGGGGUUUUGGUAGGACCUGGAGGCCCUGUUGAUGUUGGGCAUCAUUUGGGCGGGCCUAGUAGACCUGGACUUGGACACUACGGUGGAAAUUAUCAAGGUGGUUAUAAUGACGAAAAUGUAUAUUCCUUAGACAAUGGUGUUCUAAGUGGUCCAGGAGGUCCCACAGAUUUCAAGAGAAGGUCGUUAACAGAAGCUGAUUCAAAAUCCUAAAAGGAUAUUUAAUAUGAUAACAUACCAAAAAACGUUGACUCCAUUUUUGUAAAUACGUAAUGUCAUUAUUAAUUCAAUUUUAUUUAUGUGAUUUAUUUAUUCAAUGAUGAUUGUUAUAAAUAUUCAGACGAAUGCAUUAAAUAAGCAGGCAGUUU